UUUUUUAAAGAAACUACGUCAGGCGGGAUAAAUCGUCCCUAUACUGUUUCAUUCUUUUAAACUAGGAUGAUUAACUCUUGGAUUAUAAAUGGGGCUCUACCGCUAAACUUGUAAUUAUUUGUCGUACAAAUGUAGAACUAGUUAAGUCGAUGUAGGCAAAACUUAGUUUAAAUACAAUGGUGUUUGUAGUUUUUGUGAUUACUGGAGGUAAAAUUAGCUGUUAGAAUUAUUUUAACUUAUUUCUUGUUCUAGUUUAAGUUAAAACCUUGCCCGAUAGUAUUUUUAUGAGGUGCGAUUGAUUUUUUAAAGGGUUUAGCUCAUUUUCCAUGGACAGCAAAUAUCCGAUCUGCCAUAGCGACUGGAAUAGAUUCCCAAUUUACUUAUCUGUUUGAAAUUGGUGCUUGUUGGGAGUGAUGAAUGUGUUGCUGGAUUUACAAAAUUCGAAAAAAUCCAAAAUCAACUCUUCUUGCGGCCUGACUUCCGUGGAUGAAAAGGAUAAUGCUUUCCUGGAACCAGACGUUUUAAUGAAAAUACCAGGGAACAUAUCUUCAGUAGAUUUUCAGGAGACCAUGGGAUCUCUGACAACACCCACAAAGGGAAAGAACAAUCCUGUAACUGAACCCUGGACCCCCACUUCCAACCUCAAAAUGCUCAUCAGUGCUGCCAGUCCAGAGAUCAGGAACAGAGAGAAGGAGCUGGGUCUGGAUAACAGUGUAAUCACAGAGCCCAUUGAUGCUUCUCAGGAGCCCUCAUUUGAUGAAUCAGAGAAACUUCAAAUAAGUCGGAAAGAAAAGAGCCUGGGUUUACUCUGCCAUAAAUUCCUGGCACGUUACCCAGACUAUCCUAACCCUGCUCUGAACAAUGACAUCUGUCUUGAUGAUGUAGCAGUAGAACUUAAUGUGGAAAGACGACGCAUCUAUGAUAUCAUGAACGUCCUGGAGAGCUUGCACAUGGUUGGCAGGCUAGCUAAGAACCGCUAUAUGUGGCACGGCAGAGUCAACCUUCCACAGACCCUAGCCACACUCAGGAAAGUAGGAGAAGAGUACAAAUAUGGUGAGCAGAUGGAGCAGAUUAAGCAGAGAAGCUAUGAAAGAGAGUUUGACUUUGAUGGUGACGAGAAAGAGAAUGAGGACAUGAGCAAACCUGGAGACACAGAGAGUGAACUUGGGCAAAAAGAAAUGUACUUUGUGGAGCUUCCAGGUGUGGAAUUCCGAGCAGCUUCUGUUAAUAGCCGGAAGGACAAAUCCUUGAGGGUGAUGAGCCAGAAGUUUGUUAUGCUGUUUCUUGUCGCCACACCACGAAUAGUGAGCCUUGAGGUUGCAGCAAAAAUUCUCAUUGGAGAAGACCAAGUCAUUGACCUAGACAAGAGCAAAUUUAAGACAAAGAUCCGUAGAUUGUAUGAUAUUGCAAACGUGCUGAGCAGCCUGGAGCUCAUUAAGAAAGUUCAUGUUACAGAGGAUAGAGGAAGGAAACCAGCUUUCAAAUGGACAGGCCCAGAGGACUUUGCAAGCACUAAUGGGACUUUGGAGUCAAGGUGUUCCGUACAGAACUGUGCUAAAAAUCUCUUCCCCUCCAACACAGUAAAGCACAGUUUUACUCGUCACCCAUCUUUGAUUAAGUUGGCAAAAAGUAUACAAGAUGACCGCAGGAAGAUCAACUCUGCGCCUUCCAGUCCUGCUAAAAUAACUGAAUUUGUCCCAAGUAAAAUGGCUCAGCUAGCAGCCAUCUGUAAAAUACAACUGGAUGAACAGUCAAAAAAAAGCAAUAUAAACCCCAAAGUGACUCCUGCAGUAGUAAAUAGUCUAGAGCAAGCAGAAAUUGGUAGGAAAAAUAACGAACCAGCAUUAAAUAUUGAACAAAAUACCAACCGUACUCCUGAAAUACAGCUGCCAGCUUCAACAUCAGGAACAAUGCCAUUUACCCCCUCCCAGCAGCCUGCUCUUAUCCAUGUCCUUCUACCCCAGCACCAGAUAAGCAGGCCCUAUACCCUAUACGUUCAUCCUUCAGUCAGGCCACACCCAUCUAGCUUGGCUGUGCGUUCAAUGACAUUCGAGGACAAGACUGGAGGGAGUUCGGGAAAAGCCACAGAGGAAAGCACAUCACCUGGGAAGUCUGCUACAAAAGACAUAAGUCUCUCUCAGAUGCAGGAACACAGUCUGCUGCAGAAUAAUUCUGCCUGCUCCCCCUCAAGUCCUGCCUCAAUGAAACGAAUCUCCUGUGACCAGAUCUCUGAGAAGAGCCCGUCUAAAGUCAUGAAGAUGCCGAACAGUUCUAGGUCGCCCUCACCCUAUGGACCAGAGCUGGGUGACAUUAUACAGGCACGCCUGAAGGCACGCAGGAGCCUGGUGUCAAACAGACCCUCUCCCCGGGCUCUUCACCUCGAUCCAGAAUUCAUAAAUACACCCGAGAACACAGCAGCGGAGAAGCUGGACCAGAGUGUGGAGAGGUUCCUGGAAAAGGAAGAGAAACUCUCCCCCUGCAUCAGUGAGGGAGGUGUCACCCCUCUCCGAGCUAUACCCUUGCAAGAGGUCCUCCUCUCCUCUGGACAUUUACCUGCUGAGGCUCUCAUCCCAACUGGGUAUCUCAUCCCCAUCUCCCAGCCAUCGCUCACUAACCUCCAAGACUCUCGGAUGCCUGGUGCUGAGAGUGCAAAUGCUGCAGCCUCCAAUCACACUGUGUUCCACACACCUACGGCAGGGUCCUUGCCAGCUGGUGCCCAGGAGUUUACCCCCAACAGCUUCUCCCUCAAACUGGCUUCAUCUGCUGUGCCAGUCUCUCCCUUCUCAGUGCUGAGUCAGCCGGGCCCUUCUCCAGUACCUAGCCAGAGACUUCAUAGCCCCAGCCCUGCCAUCCUUAAUUUCACUCUGCAAAACAUGGGCCUCAUUCGCAGUGGCAGCCCAGGCAGGCCUUCUGCCUCCGCGCCGUCUGAGCAAAUGAAUGGCAGCCCUGCCCAGCUUGGCUUCCAGCAGAGAGGCAUGAUCUUUGUCAAGCCCAUGUCACCUGUGCCCCUCCAGCAGCAGACCGGACAGCCCCUCGCCCUGUUCAACUUACAGCAGCCUCUGAUAGCAACUCCCAAGGGAACCCAGCCCAUCCACCACAGCUUUUUCCAUACCCCAGUAUCUACCCUCUCCCCCCUUGCCACGGUGGUGACCUCCUCGAGCAACACGGGCUCCAGGAAUGUUUACAUCCCACAGCGGAAACUUGACAUUGCCACCGAGGACAACUGUAGAGGUGGCCCAGAGAACCUUAUGCUGCUAAAUGACUUUUGCUGAUGAGUCACUGUGCAUUAAGAGCUGUGUCCCUGUAUUGUUUGACCAGUAUAUUGCCUGUGCUGUAAUUUUUCCAUUGAAAGGUCCCAGACAUUUAUCAUUUGGACAUCAACACACUGCAGGACAGCUUGCAACUUCAUUGAGCAUGCUGAUCGCAUAAACGAGAUUAGAGUGUUUCAUAUAAUGACCCUCAGUUCCAAAUAUAUAUCAAUCAGUUAUGAGUAAGGUGCCAAAAAUAAAGGGCUUUGUGAAAUGACAGCUGGGAUCCUCAUGCAAUUUACUGAGGUACUGUAUGUAUCUAAGGGCACCACUAAAUCCAGGAACUGACUCUGGUCUUUAAGUCAGUACAUAAGUAAACUAAAGAACACAAAUAACACUUGAAAUUGGUUAAAGUGUAAUUGGGUUUGGUGGGUAAACUAUAUGUAAUUUGUAGACUGAAAUUGAAAAUGUUUUAUUUUUGAAAAUGACAAGAGUUAAGUAUUCUAGAUAAGAGGAAAGCUAAAUUCCUCUAUUUAAUGUUUAAGUGCCAUAAAAAGGUGUCUGGGGAGUGCAGGACCUGUAUGUUGUAUGUGUGAAUGAGUUGAUGGAUGAAUCAUUUUGGAAUCUGCAUGUUUUACAGAAGAACUAAAGAAGGCUGAAUUGUAUAAUAAAAAUGGAUGUAUGUUUUGA